CAAUCUCGCAUUCACUGCACACUGUUACAUCUGAGGGCCUCACUUUGCGGAAAAGCCACUAGAGCCUCAAGUUUCGACCCUUCAGCCACUCAGCAUGACCGCAGUCUUCCCUUUCCGGGCCAAUGCCUGAUGCGGCCGAAUCCGGUGAAGCGGAAGAGACGCCACCAGAGGUGCCCAAAUCCGAUGGAGCUGAUGGGGCGCCACCUGACGGAGAUGAUGCCGGUCCAGAUGCACCAGACGAACCGCAUGCACCGCCUGUGCCUGAAGGACCGGAGGCGCCCAAAGGUGGUGAUGCCGCGCCAGAUGCGCCAACAUUGGAGGAACAACUCCGAAAGGAGAAGGAAGCCUUGGAGCAGGAGCUUGAUGACAGCCGCAAGGCCAUGGACGAUCUGCGCCGUCAGAAUGAGAGUUUGCUCAGCAAGGGCCCCAUAACCACAAGUUGGGUGCUGGACAUCACAGUAGGUGAGUGUGAGUUUGCCAGUGCAUUUGCAUACUUCUUGGAGGUGCAGUUGGAAGGCCAUGCAGAGAAGCGUCGCACAGAUGUCUCCUUACCAGCAGAGCGUCCUGUUUUUGCCAGCAGCACUCUUUUGCUUUCGGCAGAUGGGGACUUGGUGAAGGAGAAGCUCAGGGUCUCUGCUUUUCUGAAUGUCAUUGAUCCCUCCAAUCCAGAUGCUCCAACAGCCAAGCUUCUGGGCAGUGGCCUCGUGAGCUUGGAGGAGCUGAAGAUCUUGGAGAACGGGACGGGGUCGAAGAGGUUGGUUCGGAAUGUGAGUUUUACUCGAAGCUCGGAGAACAAAGAGCUCACUGUUGGACGCAGCACUCUUGUAAUGCAGGUGAAAGCACUCAAUCCAGAAGAGGCAAAGUCUUUGAAACCACACACGAUUGAAUCAGCACUGGCUCCGUCCCUAGAUAGAUCCCUUUGGCAGGCCAGGCCUUUUGAAAGCCGCCUUCGAGUGCUUGUGCACCGCGCAGAUGCGUUGCCAAUUCUGGCAGAGAGCUCUCAUUGUGUUUUCCGAGUGGCAGUCAGACUGCUGCAGCCAGGAGGGCAUGUGAUGCAUGAAACAGCCUCACGAAGUCUCAAAGCAGUACCGCUCAGCGGCACGCUUGGGGAAGUCUGGUUUAACCAGGAAAUCAUAGUGCCGUUGCCCUCAGCAUCAGCGUCGCCAGGGUUGCUAGUUGGACUUGCCUUGGAGAUGGUUUCUGGGACUCCAGAUGGUGUUUCAACAGACGCUCUGCUGAACCUACAGUGGACACCAGUUACCAUGCCCAUGCUUUGUCCGGUGCAUCUUUAUGCCAGGUCGUCAAGCACUGCUGCUGCAUACUCGCGGCCGCGCCCUGGACUUGUGGUGUCCAUCACCAGGGAACCUGCUCAUGAGACCUUGGAUGCUCUUGCAGAUGGCCUCUCACAUGGUGUAGAAGUCAGGGUACAUGGGGUACCUGCUGGCCGACCUUUGCCUGACGCUGUGGAUGAUCCUCUAUUAGCGAUUUGCCCUGAGUCCUCCAUUGGAUUCGAUACCAGGAGCCUGCAGAUACCAAUGGUGACGUUCUUCUACGAUCAGAGAGUUGAGCUCUCGAGCUUUCUAGAAACGCACUUUGCAGCCACAAGUGGCUUGAAGUGCUUCCUUACUCCAGUGGCAAGUGGUUCGGCUUCUUCCCAAACUCCGCAGUGGAACCAGUUUGUUGUCCGUUGCCUAGCGAACCCCGCAGCCCUUCGCAGCUUGGCGCUUCUCCUGUUCGAUUGCUCCCGCGCAUCGACGGACCCGGAUGCACCGCUCUGUGGAAGACUACUUGGUUUUGCCUCAUUGGAUGCCACUGCUUUGAUACAAUCGGGAUCAGAUCCAAUGUCCAGGUCCUUCUUGUCAGACUUGAGGCUUUUGGAGGCGCCCGGUGCAUCUACUUGCUUAGAGCUGGAGCUUCGUAUUUGGCCACGAGGUGGAGUCUCAUCCUCGCCACAACGUCCAUCUAUGGCCCCAGCUCUUGCUCCAAGCGCUCCAGGUGCAGCUCAUGGAUCAGUUUCGGUUGCAUUGGAGCAAGAAGCAAAGGACUUCAGGCUCAAUCAUGAACUGUCUGUUCAACUCUCCAAAGAGUUCAAUCUACGAGCGGCAGCCUUGAAGCGUGCUGGGGAAGAGAUCGUCGCACUCCGGCGGCAAGUACAAGUGUUGAAGAACGAUAAUAAGUCUUUGCGUUCACAGAUUGAGGAUGAAGAAAAGCUUGCAGAAGCCGUUCAGCAUCGACCUCCUCCAGAAGGUUUAGAACACAUGAGCGCUGCUGAGCUUGCUGGAAAACUGCAGAGAACUGUAGAGAAGUACCGAGAGGAGAAAGCCAAAGGAGCCGAAUUGGGUCGGCGAUUGGAGGAUAUGGUCAAGGAGGUGAAUCGAGUCAAUGGACUGGAGCGCUCCCUUGAUGAGCUUCAACAAGUGCACUUGGAACAGAACCGAGAAUUGCAGCGUUUGCAAGAGGAAGGCAAGAAGUUGGAGACCUACCGUCAAACGGCCAAGACUCAGGAAAAGGUGAUUGGCAAACUGGAGAAGAUCCUUGAGAAUUCCCUGCAGGAGGUUCAAAAGGCGCAAAAAGUGCAGGUUGAUAUCGAAAGGCUCAAAACAGAAAAUUUGAAGUUACGUGAGCGUUGCACUGGCUUGCUGACCAAAAAACGCCAGGAUUCCACCAAUGAUGAAGCCCAGGAGCUGAAGGUAAGCCUUGCACAGAAAGAUGCAGAGAUUUCCCGCUUGCAAAAGUUGGCCUCUGAGCUUCAGGCGAAAUCGGCAUCAGGGGCUUCCGAUGGUCGUUUCAGGCUGCAGGAGCCACGCGAAGGCUUCCAGGGCCCUGUGGGCCCUUCGGCUCCAGCAGCUCCAGCUCCAGUGGCAGCUGUGUCAGCUGUAUCACCAGCAGCUGAUCCGGUACCUCAUGCACUAAGUGAGGCAGAACAAGAACAGUUGGCUCAUGUGGAGGCGAAGCGCUUCGAGUGGGAACAGCGCUGUUUGGCAGCAGAGCAGCGCUUGCAGAUGCUGCAACAGCAACUGACUGAAAGCUCCAAGAAGUAUGGCUCAGAUAUUUCACGCUUGGAGGUGGAGAUCGCCAAGAAGGAUGCCCGAAUCAAAGAGCUUGAGUUUCUCAUGAGGCAGCCUCAGAGCUAGGUGAGAGCAUCAAAAUAUCGACAACGUACCAUAGAAACUCGGGGACCUUCCGGCUCCAUCAAGUGGAGGUUGCGAGCCCUCGCAGUUUGCAAAA